UCAACCAACAUUACAAUCAAGUCAACAACAGAUGACACAGGGUAUGUCAAGUACGAACACAAAUACAGGAUCACGGUUAGGUGGAUCCUCACCUCUAGUAAUGCCAGUAUUCCCCCUAAGAACAUCACAUUCUGGGCAUGCGCCUCAUUACUCGCCAUACUCACCCUCAAGGUUUCACAUAGAUAAAAGAUGCCAGCAUCGAUGCUCGUGGAAAUGUUUUAGUAUUGCCUUAAUCUUACUGUCAGUGAUACUAACAGCAAUGUUGGCGUAUUUUGCUGCAACGAGUUCAAUGAAGCCAAAUAUCGAUUCAACUAAUUGUAUAUUGGUACAGGAUGUGAAAUCGAGUGCACAGGAUCAGGUCACUUCAGAUGCUGCUAGCUCCACCAGCAAUCUUGGCACGGUUUCUGCAACGGUGGGAAGUAAUGGUGGUUCAACACUGUUACCCACGGAGGAAUCACUUCUAACAAGUACAGCCGAUCACAAUAGUUUUACAACAGUUAAUCAUUAUGGAAAUAUGCAAGGCAGUUUAUCACAGUUCAAUUAUCAGGACCAACAGCUGCAACAGCAGCAAGCACAAGACCAGCUCAUGUCCUCGCUAGCAGCACAAAAAUGGCCUGCGAUAGUAGAGCUGAAGGGUUUUAAUGAGCUUCACCGUGCAACCAUUCCACCUUUCCAGUUUUGGAACGCAGAAUUCCGCAACAAACAUCCCGCUUUUAUUCAAUUUAAUUUUACUUUACCAUGGGGUGCCAACUUUGCCGUAUACGGUCGGCGAAAUGUUGGACCAAGUAUUACGCAGUAUGAUUUUGUUGAAUUUAUCAAAGGCGGACGGAUAGAUCACCGCUUACGACGAAAGCGAAGUUUGGUGAAUGAUGAUGAAUCUGUACAAAACCCACUUGAAGAUUUAAGCAAUUUUGACGAAAAUCCUCAUCCUGAGCAUCAGUCUCCGUUUGAAAUCCACCGAAGCAACGAAUUUGCUUUUGCUGAUCUUCAUUUAGAUGAUGUCGAUCAACACAUAAUAACCAAACGAUCAGCGGAUAGUGCGAUGCCAAAAUUGGAUAUGGACUCCAUGACUGUUAAUGUUACAAUUCUUCAGUACUUGGACGUCGGAAGGUGGUUCCUGUCAGUGUACAAUGAUGAACUUUUGCCGCAUGGUAUAUCAUUGAUUGUGGGCGAAGCUGAAGGUAUUCGAACCACCUGUCCAAAUGAUUGUUCUGGAAGAGGAUCAUGCUACAUAGGAAAAUGUGAUUGCAUCGAUGGUUAUCAAGGACCCGACUGUUCCAUUAGCGUGUGUCCGGUGCUGUGCUCAUCUCAUGGUCACUAUGGGGGUGGUGUAUGUCAUUGCGAAGAAGGAUGGAAAGGCUCCGAGUGUGAUAUACCGGUGGCCGAGUGUGAACUUCCUAGCUGCUCUAAUCAUGGACGAUGCAUUGAAGGUGACUGCCACUGUGAACGAGGCUGGAAAGGAUUAUACUGCGAGCAACCGGACUGUAUCGACCCAUCGUGCUCUGGCCAUGGAACGUGUGUGUCAGGGCAGUGUUAUUGUAAGGCUGGUUGGCAAGGAGAUGAUUGUAGCAUCGUUGAUCAGCAAGUAUAUCAAUGUCUUCCUACAUGUUCCGAUCAUGGCACUUACGACCUGGAGACAGGAUCAUGUGUAUGUGACCGUCACUGGGCCGGAGUGGAUUGUUCUCAAGCCGUAUGCAGCCUUGAUUGCGGUCCAAAUGGCAUAUGUGAAUCAGGACGUUGCCGGUGUAACCAAGGAUGGACCGGAAGCUUAUGUGAUCAGCUGACUUGUGAUGCAAGAUGUGCCGAGCAUGGUCAAUGUAAAAAUGGAACCUGUGUAUGCUCGCAGGGAUGGAAUGGACGACAUUGCACGUUACCCGGCUGUGACAAUGGUUGUUCUCGUCACGGCCAAUGCACACUGGAGGAUGGCGAGUAUCGAUGUGUCUGCAUCGAAGGUUGGGCUGGAACGGAUUGCUCCAUUGCACUGGAGUUGAGCUGCAAAGAUAAUACCGAUAAUGAUAAUGAUGGAAUGACCGACUGUUCCGAUAGCGAGUGUUGUACCCAUCCAAUCUGUGCACAGCACAUUAUGUGUUUGGCAUCCAAUGACCCAGUAGAGGUUCUACUUCGUAAGCAACCUCCUUCCGUUACAGCAUCAUUUUACCAAAGAGUGAAAUUUCUCAUCGAAGAAAAUUCAGUGCAAUCGUAUGCUCAUAUGGACGAAUACAGUGAAAGCACUAGAAAUUGACUAGAGUGAUGAUGGGUGUAACUGAAGUUUAAAAAGGGAUAAUGAUUUAUUUAAAAUUUGCCCUGCAUUCCAAGUGGUUUUAUGUAAUCUAGGCCGGAUUCCAAAUUUCAUCAUCGAUCCAAAAAAGACAUCUCCAUGAAUAUUUGAGAACUAUAGCAGUGGUUGCUGUAAUUUGACUUUUGUUACGGUUACAGUGACAGUUUUACAUCAAUGGAUGGUCGGUUGAAAAAUUAGGAUGUAACAACAGUAAA